UUUGAUAGAAAGGAAAAACAUUGGGAUCAAACAAGCGGCAGUCAGUGUGUGUCGAGAUUUUGGUGGAGGAACAUAUCCAAAUCCCAACAAUCUUACUAAAAACAACGCGAAGUAGGGCAAAAGAAAUACCUCUGGCCUCGUUGGAGCCGCCUAGCGCUCUGGCCAUAGAAAUGCUAGCCAGAUAAUUGAGAAAUUUGAGAGACUCAACAACGAGCAUGUUGUUCGAUUUCAAGCCUUGAAAGUCUCGUUUCAGGAAAAAAGGUCGUCUCUCAAUAGUGCCUCGAAGACCAUCGACAAGAAAGACCGAGCUAGUGUCGUCCAAUCAUAUUCCAAGGAAAAAGUGGAAGGUGACUUGAGACAACUUUUUGAAUCCAGUGUCGACCCGAAAAGACACGGGGGAGUCCAACUUCACCUGAAAACUUAUCCCUUAACACGAAGUUUUAGUGGGGAUCAUUAUCCCGUGACCCCUCGCAGAAUGGAUGAGAUCCAUUUACACCAAAUUCAAGAGAAGACUGUGAUUGGAUCCUAUUCCAACGGCUUGAUUCCUAUUCGAAGUGCAUCGUUUUCGUCCAGUGAACCGUACAAGAAACGAAAUCACUCGAGCGAGGCGAAUGAGGACAAGCCUUUAAGGACAAUCAUCAGCCCUCACGAGACUGACAAGGCAGUGAUUGAAAAGGGCGAAAGUGCAAUCAUAUCUGAAGAGCUCGAGGCUGAAACCACGGGUGAAGGCACCGAAAGUGAUCAUGGUUCGACCAGAACACCCAUAAAAGUGAAAGUGACUAGUGUCAUGAAUGAAGGCCAAAACGACCUUGAAGCUCAGGAUGAUGUUGUUGACGCUGGAGGCAAGUCUCGGGAGAAGAUGUUGGAACAUUUCAAGGCCAACGCGACAAAGUUAAGUCGAAGUUCAUCGUGGAAAUCUCCUCCACUCAAUUUGAAAGAGGCAAAGAGAGCCUCGAGCAAGGUCAAAGACUGUAAGCUUCCGGCCUCCUUGCAGCACCUUCAACUCGAAGCCAGUAAUUGCCCAUCUUCGAUGAAGAUAUCAAUCAAACCUUUUGAGCGAGCGUGCCCAGCGCACACAGAUACCGUGGCGACUUCCUCUUCCCGCGAAGACACUUUGUCGCCCGCGGUAUCGGGGAAGAGUUUCGGCGAGAGCACAGAAACCCUCAUCAAUAUUGAUGAGACCGUCGCAUUUGGGCCUAAAAAUGGAAGCAAUCUCGCCACGAACGUGAACGCCCUUAUUCCAGCCCAAAAGGCCUCUACCACAUUCCAAGAAGACUCUGCGUCGACGAAUCGCGCUAUUGAGGUGUCCGAGCAAACGCCUUACUCUGAUGCUCUUUUGGAUCAGUUCACACAGAAAGGCUUGAUUGCCAAGGAGAUCAAAGUGGCCGAAGUGAUUGAAGUGCCCAAUGACAGCGAGACUUGGGAUGCUGGCGAGGAGUCCAUGUAUGGAUCCUAUGCCACGGAAUUCGCUCAUUUCUCGUCGGCGGGCAUCAUGGGCUUUCUAGAGAAGGUCGAAGUGGAUGAAAUGGUCACUUACAAUCCAGAUCUCCGUUUACUCCAACCCAUUAACGCUGCAGAACUCAUUCAAGAGGGUCAAUCUACUUUGCACAUGCCCAUUCUGCAACAACCUCAAUUAUAUUACGGAGGAGAGUAUCCAGGGGGAUAUGUUGUUCAGCGAUUUGACCCCAAGCAAGGUCGCCGCGAUUCAAAAUCUCGGAAAGGUUCCCAAGGUAACUGUUAUCAAGACAGUGCCAUGCCAGAUCUAACGGCAUACGAUGACAUGGGUGGAGCCGUAGAUUAUGGAGGAGAUCCUAUCAUGGGAUUAGGACCGCAUUCAAACUCACAAAAUCCACUACGUCAACACCGAGCGAGUAUCAUUGAGAUUGGGGAAGACAACCUGGAAAGUGGUUCAAGCAUGGAGAACCAAGCUGAGGAGUUGAUGCCCAUUCGACAUCAUUACCACCAGAUUGUUCCUAAUGAAGAUGGUCGUAAAGCAAUGGAACCGAAGAAACGUUCCAAUCUCUUUCCCUCAACCUCAAUGAGUUCGGAUGAAAUGGACUACUAUGGCAUGCCUCAAACGGGGUCUUUGCCCAAUAACAGUCAGCAAUCUCAAUGGAAUCUGCAGCCUUUUGACGAGGAAUCUUCCAUGAACAUUAACUUCGUGGGACAUCAGCCGAAACAAUGGGAAGGGGCCCAAGGUCAAAGCCAAUCCGAACGAAAACGACCCUACUCAAAUGAGAGGCAUCUCAGAUUUGAUGAUAAUGAGCGACCUCAGCUAGUCGACUUGGAUUGGGACUUGUUGGGCGAGGGAGAUGAAAAGGCGGAUAAAUCCGAAUUCUUGGUUCAAGCCCAGCCUCAACCAAGGAUUAGCGAGCCAGCCUCCAACCAUUUUGGCCCCUACAGCAAUCACCAUCACGAAUACAACGAUUCCGAUGGAAUGACUCCUGAUCCACGCUAUCCUCGACAAAAGCAUCCCGGAGGUCCAGAUUUUCCAUACAUUAAUUUUGAAUCGGAUAACGACCGCUAUCAUGACUUCUCGGGGGAUGAAGAGGACACCCAUUUGCAUUUCGAAUCUCAUGGAACCAUCCAGGAUGCUAUCAAAAGGCAGCAGCGCCAUGAGGAGGAACAUCACACGGUGGUUGGAGGACAGAAGGUCUCCAGCUCCGGUGACAUGAACUCCAAUGCCAUGAUUAUGAGACCACCGACAGGUGGUCCAAGACAAUUGGUGAGACUUCCAAGAGGUCGCCAUCCCCUUCGAGGGCCCUUUGGACAAAUGCUGGACGCCCAGAUGAGUAAAAGUGAAUUGACCAAAAAAAAUCUCUAUUAUGGAGAUUCCGACACUUUAUCCUUUAUCCAAGAACUAUCAGAUAAGGGCUCUUCUCCUGCCGCUUCUGAGCCGGAUGUAUCCAUGUCAUUUCAUCCACACGUUCGUCAAGUCAAAUCCGAUUCCGUGACUCAUUGGAUCACGACGAACAAUGAUUUGAGCAAGUCCAAAUAUGGAGGAGGAUCCUCGGCAAGUUUGUCAUGGAAUGACGGCUCAGGACGUCCAUGGCCGCAAAUCGGACCUCAUCGUCAGGCACUUCAGCCUCGUUCAGCCACCAUGGUCGAGACCAACCAAAGAAAUAUGGUAUCACAUCCUCAAGAGCUGGCCGCGGCCACUGAACAGUCUGUUGACAGUGCUAAGAUCACACAUAUUCGCACACGAUCAAGUCCUUCCAAAUUGAUUGGCGACCUCGAUCUUCAGAUGGCCUCAAAUGGUUUGUUAAAGAAACGGAGUGACUGCAAUUUCGCUGACAUCAACCAAGAGGAGCUUACGGUUCAUCAAGACUUGUUGGUCUCCCGAAAUCCAAGGCUUGAAGAGACUAAAGCCAAUAGCCAAGAUAAUGGGAUGAAAUCCAGUUCGUUUCGACGGAGAGGGGACACUCGAACACUGAUUGUGAAGGAACUCUACAAUGUGGAAAAGUCCUACGUGGAGUCCCUACAAUUUCUCGUCGCGAGGUAUUACCGACCCUUAAAAAACCAUGAUCGACACCAAAUAAUCAGCAGCGUGUUGGCCGACGAUAUUUUCUUCCAAAUUCCGGAGAUCUUAUCCCACCACGAAUCCUUUAUGAAUUCCCUGAAAUCCCGUCUGGAACAUUGGGAUCCUAAGCAAACCAUUGGAGAUUGGUUUUUGGAUUGUUUCUCCAGAAAGCCUGUGAUAGACACUUACACAGCGUUCAUAAGGAACGUGAAACGCGCUGAUGAGGCCAUUCGCAUUGCCAGACAAACCAAACCGGCAUUUGACAGAUUCCUCCAGGAUAUGCGUCGUGAACGCAGAGGAGAACGUUUAAGUCUGGCGGAUCUGUUGGCCAAACCCCAUCAAAGAAUUCCACGGUACCGUCUGUUGAUCCAACGCCUUUUGGAACACACAGAAACGGAACAUGCUGAUUUCUCGCUUCUGCGACGAGCGGAAAGGGAGAUCCACGAGCUAGCACUCAAAAUCAGUACAAUACAAAAAGAGACCAACGAACAAGAGCACCGACAAAAGGUUCUCCGCCAAUUGGAGUUAUCCAUUCAAGGUCUUAAUGCCAACGAUCUUGGAUCUCCUACCCGGUCCUUGAUUCAGUACGACCUGGUCACCAUGACCAAUGGGCCAUGGAGCACCAAAGAUCGUUGCCUGUUUCUCUUCAACGACUUGCUCAUCAUCACCUCCAUCAGUAAACGAGCAGCCCGGGAUGUCAGACGAGGCGCACCGAGCUUACGAAACCUGAGCCAGUUAUUGGACAACAGUCGUCAGAAACUCUGGAUGUACGUGUCUUUGGAGGAGGUGGAGAUCUCCAAGGCCAAGGAGGAACACUUGAAGAAGAUCAUGCGAGAAAACAGGGACAUUGAGGAAGACAUCAACACCUUAAGAAUGAUCGGCGAUGCCACCUCCCGACUUCAUUGUCCGCACAAGGAACUGGAUGAUCUUACUCGUCAGCUAAUGGGACAACUCAAUCGACAACUUGCCGAACGGCAGAAUGCCGACACCCAACAAGCCAUGUACCUGGAUCUCAAUGUGACCACAUCAGAUGGCAUUGAGACGAUUUCUUUGAUCUUUGCGGAUGCUGAACGACGAUCCCAGUGGGAAGAUACUUUUAACGAAAUCAAGCAGAACUUGGUGCGUCACGAUGACAAAAAGGCUCCUCCUGAUUUUCUUAAUUUGAUCCCGAUUCGAAAGACUCGAUCCGGUCUUCAAUUCACAUGUGCCGCUCCCACGCUGGGAUUGAAUGCCCAUAAAUUAAAGGACGUAUGGGUAUGCAACAGCGAUGGAUAUGUCGGACAAGUCUGCGUGUUGAGUUUGCUACCAGAGCCCACUGUCAUCUGUUGCAAUGGAGUGUGUAAUGCCCGCAUUCUUUCCAUUGUGUCCGUACCAUCUUUGCCUAGAUCCUGCGAAGCGUCCGUCACUUCGACACCAGCGCUUCGACCCAAAUUCUCGGACAACGUCACAAAUAAUAUGAUCAAUAACAACAACGCUGGAGAAACGUCCUCUGUAGGCAGCUACGAAAAGCCCUCGCCCCCAGUCACGGACUUAGCUGAUUCUUCACCCAAUGUGUCGAAUCCAUCCCAAUUAGACUCGUCGUCGGCAUCUGAUUUCGAGCUUCGAAGGCAUCACCUAAGAGAAGUUGUCCUCGAGUCUUCUUCGUCCUCGGAUGAGGAUGAGGACAUCAUUGCCGAUGAAGAGAGUGGGGAGAGUACCGUCAAAAAGAGCAACACCUUGUCGGCCUCGAUUCCUAAGGAAUCAUCUCCUUGCAUCGCGUCCUCGCCAAUUGCCAUGAAGUCUUCAAGCUCGCCCACCCCGGAUGUCGCCACGAGUGCCUCCAAGAUUUCGUCCACGCUCACUUCCAUUUUGAACAUGAGUAGCAGUCCCACCACGAGUGCAACUGGAGGGGGUCCUGACGAUGAAAACCAAGGCGAUAAGGGAUCUCAAAGCUCGCAAGGCUGUCCCAAUGAAACGGAGGGCUCUGGAAACUUUCGAGAGGACGAAGAGUGCCAGGCUACCAUGUGGUUAGGUACAGAGGAUGGGCACAUUCACGUCUACAAUUGUUCAGACAACAUACGGAUCAAGAAGAACAAAGAAAAAUUCCUCCAUACUGCGCCUGUUUCUGGGAUCUUGUAUCUCGACAACCGCGUGUACGCAGCGCUUGGAAAUGGCAAUAUCGUGGUGUAUUCUAGAGCACCGGGCGGGCUCUGGGAUAAGGUUGGUGCCAAGACUUUGUCCGUGGGAACAACUGAUCAUCCAGUCAGCAAAAUGAUCACCAUUGGUUCAAAGAUUUGGUGUUCAGCGCAUAAUACCAUCAAAGUCAUUGAUUCCGUCACCCUUGACAUUGAGACUUCCUUUACUGUUGACGAGACCUCUCAAGGUGAGAACGCUCCUUGCAUAUUGGCCAUGGUCCAUUCUGGUUGGGCUGUCUGGAUAGCCAUGGAACAAUCUGCUGUGGUCAAGGCCUACCAUAUCCAAUCAUUGGAGUGUAUUUGUCAGGUCAAAGUGACGUCAGUCGUGAACAAAGUGCUCGCUGGCUGCGACGAGAUCAUUCGUCAACACAAAGCUGCUUGCCUUCGAAUUACGGCCCUCCUCACGUGCAAGGAUAUCUUAUGGAUUGGAACAAGUGCGGGGGUCAUUGUCACCAUGCGAUUACCUCACCUAUCUUCUAGCUUUGCCAAGAUUGCCCAAUUGGCACCGUUGAUAGGAAAUCCACAUGGUCAUUCGGGACAUGUGAGAUUUCUGACUUGCGUGGAGAUGACUCCUGAAGUUCAACGAACGCCUUUUGGCAAAACAAUCUCACGCUUCAAUCGACCAAAUAAAGGCGAAGCCAAUACCAAUAAUGCGUCAGCCGGCCAGCAUAAAAUGUUGGUAAUCUCUGGAGGCGAUGGCUACGAGAAUUUCACCAACAACUCCAAUUCUGAGAUCAUCGGACGAGAGGACUCAACGAAUCAUUUGCUCUUGUGGCAGGUGUGAAUCAAAGGAACUUCUCAUUUUCAUCAGUAUUCAACACAUUUUCGAUUAUCAAUAGUACUAAUUCUACCCACAGCCCUGCUACUGAAACAAUUAUCAUUCUAAUUAUCAUAACCAAUGUUCAAAUUGAAAAUCGAUGAAAAGGGAAUCAUGGUUUGAAGUUUGAAGCUCGAGAUCAACACUUCGUAUUUAUGUACAAGUUUUGUAAAUUAUUUAUGGUACCACCAAAAUUCAUUUUUUUCUGCGAUGUGCAUCAUGAUGAAUGUGAAAAAGUUCAAGUAUUCUUCUGUGAUUGUUUUCUAGUAUCUUGUCUCGACAUAUAACAGUGUGUAAGAUAAAGUAUCAUAGUCAA